AUGACCGAGCACGAGAAGAAACUUGCAGGCGGUGUUGCCGUGAUCACGGGAGCAGGUGCGGGUAUAGGAGCAGGCAUUGCCCUGGCCAAGGAGAUCCAAGAAGCUGGCGGCAACGCCGAGGCGAUGACAGUCGACGUCUCCAAACCGGAGAACCUGGACGAGCUAGCCGACAUCGUGUUCAAGAAGUACAAGAGCGUACGUUUGUUGGUGAACAAUGCCGGCGUCGAGACGAUAGGGUACACAUGGGAGAUCCCGACAGCGCGUUGGGAAGCCACGCUCAACAUCAACGUCCAUGGCGUCAUACAUGGUGUCCGCGCCUUUGUACCGAGAAUGCUGGAAACGAGGGAAGAAUGUUGGAUUGCCAAUCUCUCUUCAAUCGGUGCUUUCGGACAGAUGCCAAUGCAAACGGCGUACAUCAUGUCUAAACAUGCCGUACAGUCCUUCUCAGAGUGCCUGUACCUUGAGAUGCAGGAGACGAAAGCACCGAUACACGUCAGCUCCGUCGUUCCGGGAAUGCUGAAGACGGAGAUAUUUGGUGUGCGAGAAGGUGCCGAUGAGACAGACGCAGGCUUGAGACACCGAAAGGCCAUGCGUGAGAUGAUGCAAAAUCAUGGCAUGGAUUUAACUGAAGGUUGCGAGCGGAUAGUCAAAGGCAUAGCAGCUGGUCAAUUCUGGUGCGACACACAACCAGAUAUGACAGCAGCCACAUUGGGCGGUCGUAUAGCUUUUCUUCAGGGUCAGAAGGACCCGGAACUCGCAGAAUCAGCGCGUCACCUGCUGGCGCAUUGA